UUUUUAGGCGGCGGGGACGGGCUGUGGCUGAAGAAAGAGGUGGAAGCUCUCUUUAAAAAAAAAUGCCAGCCAUCAGGAACUUGAGCCGAGCUGUCAAGCAGGUGUUGCAGAAACCUGGCUGCGGCUGUCAGAUUGCCAUCCUGCCCGUCAGGUGUCUUGGUUUCUCUCCACGGCAGGUAACCUCAGACGCCAGCUUUCACUCCGUAUCCUUCUCCGAAACUGAUCAUCCACGGGUGUUAAUUACAGGAGGACUGGGCCAACUUGGAGUCGGGCUUGCUAAGCUCUUGAGGAAACAUUUUGGAAAGAACAAUGUGAUCCUCUCGGAUAUUAGAAAGCCCCCUGACUUGGACUUCUACAGUGGUCCAUUCAUCUACUCGGACAUCUUGGACUACAAGAACCUUCGUGAGAUCGUGGUGAACAACCGGAUUACGUGGCUGUUCCAUUACAGCGCUUUGCUCAGCGCCGUCGGGGAAGCCAAUGUCCCUUUGGCAAGAUCUGUGAACAUCACAGGAUUGCACAACAUUCUUGAUAUCGCUGCGGAACACGGCUUGCGACUUUUUGUCCCCAGCACGAUCGGGGCUUUUGGACCGACCUCCCCGAGGAACCCGACGCCUGACCUCUGCGUUCAGCGGCCAAGGACAAUCUAUGGGGUCUCCAAGGUUCACGCUGAACUCAUGGGAGAAUAUUACCACUAUAGGUACGGCCUAGAUUUUCGGUGCCUGAGGUAUCCUGGCAUUAUUUCAGCUGAUACUCAACCUGGAGGAGGUACAACUGACUAUGCUGUUCAAAUCUUUCACGAUGCUGUGAAGACGGGCAAGUUCCAGUGCAACCUGAAACCCGACACUCGUCUGCCCAUGAUGUACAUCAACGACUGCCUGAGAGCGACCUUGGAGGUCAUGGAGGCUCCCGCAGAGCGGCUGAGCAUGAGGACGUACAAUAUCAGUGCCAUGAGUUUUACUCCAGAGCAGUUGGUGCAGGAGGUUCAGAAACAUGUUCCAGAGCUUCAGGUGACGUACAACGUGGAUGCCGUCAGGCAAGCGAUUGCUGACAGUUGGCCCAUGAUCUUUGAUGACAGCAACGCUCGCCAAGACUGGGGAUGGAAACACGAAUACGAUCUUCCAGAAUUGGUGAACACCAUGUUCAGUUUCCUCGGCUCGGUCAGCCCCAUUUCCCGGAUUGCCCGGAUCAACUGACUGUUCUCCUCUGACACAGCAUCAAGGGGGAGGACUCAGGUGGACUUGGGCAGAAACCGUGAAAGUUCAUGAACCGUUCCUGAGUUUUGCAGUAGUCCAGGAUUGAGAUGGUCUCCCCAAAUCGUCUGGGAAAAGACUUCUUCUGCUGUCUAUUCACCUCUCUUCUCAUUAUCAGCUAGGCAAAAUGUGAUCACACAAACAAAUACAUACAGAAUGACACUUCUCAAA